AUGGAGCUCUCAGGCGAGCGCCCAUAUGGGUACAAAUGGCGAUCAUCCAGAUCAUUAGUUGUGUCAACGGCCUGUAUUGCUUUAUUUGCUGAAACUCUUCUCUAUUCCUUCCUGGCUCCUAUACUGCCUUACAUGUUGGAGGUUCGGCUGCAUGGAGACCCAUCGCAGACUCAAGACCUGAUAACGAGACUGCUCAGUCUGCAUGGUUUUAUGACUCUUAUCUCGACACCUUUUGUGGCUGCUUUUUCUGAUAGUACUGCGACGAGGAGGACGCCUCUUCUUACGUAUCUUGCCGUUUGUAUUAUUGGAACUGUGCUGGUGGCGGCUUCCCCAACAAUCUGGGCCCUUUACCUAGGACGCGUCUUGCAGGGAAUUGCAGGUGCUGGAGCAUGGAUUGCUGGCAUGGCCAUGUUGACGGAGAAUGUGGAUGAGGGAAGCAUAGGUAAGAUGAUGGGAUUAUGUAUGUCCUUCGUGAUGUUCGGCGUGAUUUCAGGACCAAUUAUAGCAGGAGCGUUGCUCGAAUUGGCUGGAUAUUGGCUGGCUUGGUCCGUGCCACUAGUCGUUCUCCUCAUAGAUGUCAUUAUGCGCUUCGUUAUGAUUGAACCAGAAAAGGGAGUAUCAGAGAACAAAAAAAAUGACACGUCAGUAACCGAGGGUCUACUCGGUCAGCGAGAGGAUACAGCAGAUACAGAUACGGAGAGCUCACCCCUGCUAUCACCUAAACCUGGCGCAGACGCAGAAAGCACACAGCCACAAGCACAGACCGUUGAAGAUGAUGCACCUUCAGGUGGGUUCUACACAAUCAUGCUCCGAGAUGGCCGCGUUUUAGCCAGCCUCCUAUGCGUCACAACGUUCAGCACAAUAACGGCAGGAUUCAAUGCGACGUUCCCCGUCCAUUUGCGCCAAAUCUUCAAUUGGGGGCCAUUCCCUGUAGGAGUAGCCUUUUUCGCAAUGCGAUCUCCAUCAAUUCUCCUGGGGCCCCUUUCUGGCUCCCUCCGUGACCGGAUUGGGCUUAGAGACCCCACAACUGCUGGCUGGUCGCUCUUUGCCCCUCUGCUUUUGUGCAUGGGCGUUCCGGGUGAAUUCCCAUGGUCAAGCGCCGAGACCCACGGGAAAGCUAUCUUCGUUGCCUCUAUCAUCGGGAUCGGCAUUGUUCAGAACUUGCUCCAAAAUGCUGGGUUUUUGAACAUCCUCGUUGUUGUGCAGGAGUAUGAGUUUAAGUACCCGAAGAUCUUUGGCGCCAAUGGUGGGCGGGGUAGAGCUUUUGGUCUGACGGAGAUGUCAUUCAACAUGGGGCUCAUCGUGGGACCUAUACUGUCUGGCUCCCUGUCGCAGGUAAUCGGAUUUUUCUAUAUGAAUGCUAUUCUGGGUCUCAUCUGCAUUGGUAAUGCCGUAGCUGUAUUCAGCACGUUUGCGGGACGAAAGCAGAGAGGUUGA